CUGAAGCUUUGGAAUACUGAUGAUGAAAUUACUACUAACGCUGGCUUUAAUAUCCGGUCAAAAUCGUAUCAGUUUCCUUCCAGUUCCAAUGUCACGGCUGUUCUCAGCCUGCUGCAUAGCUUACGCAACUGCACUUCUGCUCUCGUUCCAUCGUGUCUGCUCCCUGCUGAAUUCUCCGACACUCGACAAUGCAACGGAUAUGCGAGCCCUUCUCUCCUUCAAAUCCAUGAUAUCCGUCGAUCCAAGCUCGCAGCUGGCCUCGUGGAACGACUCCGUCCAUUUCUGUCGGUGGCCGGGGGUCACUUGUGGGGGCCGCCGGCAUCCCGAGAGGGUAGUCUCCUUAGAAUUGAGCUCUCUAAACCUGGCAGGAUUCAUAUCAGCAUCCCUAUACAACCUGGCAUUUCUCAGGAGAAUUGAUCUCUCAGUGAAUCAGAUUCGGGGAUCAAUUCCACAGGAUAUCGGUCGACUGUAUCAGUUGCAGCAUCUCAAUCUGAGCCUGAAUUCUCUCGGAAAAGGUAUCCCUACUUCACUUUCUCGGUGUUUAGACCUUCGGGUAUUAUCCCUGGAGAAAAAUAACCUUGAAGGCGAAAUACCAGCUUCGUUGAUGAACCUGUCGUCUCUUUAUGUUCUAUCUGUUGGAAGUAACCAGCUUAGUGGGCAUAUCCCAUCUUCAAUAGGUAAACUUUCCAAACUAACAGAGCUUGGUUUGUCCAGCAAUCGUCUUUCUGGAGAUAUCCCAGCUUCUCUGUGGAACCUUUCUUCUCUUUCUUAUCUCAGUAUGGGUGGUAACUCUCUCUCGGGUUAUCUUCCGUCUGAUGUCGGUUUUGCUCUCCCGUUGCUUCGAAGUAUUUUCUUCUACAAUAACCAAUUUCAUGGACAGAUUCCAUUGUCAUUGUCCAAUGCAUCACACCUUGAAGUUGUAGACCUUUCGAACAAUCUGCUCACCGGUGGAAUCCCUCCUAGUUUGGGACGCCUGCGAAAUUUACGGUGGCUGGACCUAUUUAACAAUCAGUUGGAAGCAAGGGAGCCUGAUGGGUGGAGAUUUGUUACUGCAUUCAGCAAUUGUACCGUCUUAGAGAAAUUGCGACUACAUUCGAAUGACCUUGGCGGCAUGCUGCCUAGCUCUAUAGCAAACUUAUCCACCAACCUUCAGAGACUCGAGAUUUCAGGCAAUAAAAUCUCUGGGAACAUUCCUCCUGAGAUUGGGAACCUUGUUAGCUUGACAGUGCUUGAUAUGGGUCAGAACUUGCUUGCUGGCUCUAUCCCUGAAUCGAUUGGGAUGCUUAAACACAUGCAUAUACUCAAUUUAGGCAACAAUAAGCUGUCUGGUGAGAUUCCAUCAACCCUCGGUAACCUUACUCAGCUGAAUAUUCUUCAUAUGGGUUUUAAUGAAUUGAGUGGAAUCAUACCACAAAAUCUUGGAAAUUGCCGAAAUCUAAUUUUGCUAGACCUCUCAGUUAAUAAACUAACUGGUCUCAUCCCUAAGGAAAUUCUUACCAUACCAACAUUGUCCAUAUAUCUGAACCUGGCAAAGAAUUCAUUAACCGGGUCAAUACCAUUAGAAGUAGGGAUCUUGAAGAAUUUGGGGGAGAUUGAUUUCAGUAUGAACAAGUUGACCGGACAACUCCCUAGCACUCUUGGUGAAUGUCAGGAGCUGGAAAGACUCUACAGUUGUGGCAACUUCAUCGAAGGAGAUAUCCCUUAUUCUUUAAGCAGACUGAGAGGUUUGCAAGAGUUGGAUCUUUCACAAAACAACUUGUCAGGGAAAAUACCACACUUUUUACAGGACUUCCCCUUUCUAUACUAUGUUAACCUCUCUUUCAAUAAUUUAGAGGGCGAAGUUCCAAGGGACGGUGUCUUUGCAAAUACAAGUGCAGUUACGGUCCUGGGAAACAAGAAGCUAUGUGGAGGGAGCUCAACUUUACACUUGCGACCUUGUACAAUUCACUCAACAAGGAAAACAAUUCACUCAACAAGGAAAAAAAUUAAAUUUGUGACACUUGCAAUGAUCGUCUUAUUUGCUACUAUAUGUCUAUCCAUACUCCUACUUGUUUAUUGGAUACGAAAGCCAAGAGAGGAGCCUAUUAGAGAACUUGCAUAUGAAAUUGGAAAAAUAGCUUCUGACCGGGCAAUAAAGCCAAGAGAGGAGCCUAUUGGAGAACUCGCACAUGAACGUGGAAGAAAAUCUUCUGCUGAACUUGUGAGAGCUACAAAUAAACUCAAACGUGAACGUGGAAGAAUAUCUUAUGCUGAACUUGUAAGAGCUACAAAUGGUUUCUCUGAGGAAAAUUUAAUUGGGGUUGGAAGUUCUGGUGCAGUGUACAAAGGAAUUCUAGAAAAUGAUACAAAUAGCAUGUACAGUGGGAUGCAUAUUGCUAUCAAGGUAAUCAACCUGCAACAGCGAGGAGCUUCCAAGAGUUUUGUAACGGAAUGUGAUAUUUUGAGAAACAUGUCACAUCGAAACAUUUUGAGGAUCUUAACGACAUGUUCAGGGAUUGAUUCCUAUGGAAAUGACUUCAAAGCGCUGGUUUUUGAGCACAUGGUUAAUGGCAGUUUAGAGAAUUGGUUGCAUACAGUAGCCAGUGAGGAAAGGAUGGACGCGAAAUUCAACCUUAUACAGAGGAUUGAGAUAGCCAUCGAUGUGGCUUCUGCAUUGUAUUAUCUUCACCAUGGUCGUGAGAAUCCCAUUAUUCAUUGUGAUGUAAAGCCAAGCAACAUUCUUCUUGAUCAUAAGAUGACUGCUCAUGUGAGUGACUUUGGGCUUGCCAGAGGUCCUGUAGAAACUUUAAUCAGGUCUUCUUCGCAUACUAUCACAACAUUUGGUUUGAGGGGAACUGUUGGCUAUGUUGCUCCAGAAUAUGGGACGGCAAACAAGGUUACCAUUAAAGGAGAUGUCUACAGCUACGGGAUACUUCUGCUAGAAAUGUUCACCGGUAAGAGACCCAUCGAUGAUACUUUCCAAAAUGGCAUGAACAUCAGAAGAUAUGUUGAAAUGGCAAUACCUGAAAAAGUUCUCGACAUCAUGGAUUCACGCAUUGCGGAUAAAAAUAAUGCAAGAGUUCUAGAAUGGGUUGCCUUUAUUCUUAAAAUUGGCCUUUCAUGUUCUAAUGAGUUUCCAUCUCGCCGUCCAGAAAUGAAUAACAUUAUCCACUCUUUGCACGUUAUCAGAGAUGCAUUCCUAAAGCAGCCAUAGAAUCCAAUUGAGGGUUAGGGGAUCAUCACAAUUAAUAGGUACUUGAUAUCAAUAAAAUGAAACAAAGCUAUAUUGGCUCUCAGCUCCUGCAUUAAAGUGGCAACUUAAUUUGAAGGUGAGACAUCCAAAAACCGAAGAGACGACACAUAAGGAAAUGGUGAUUAGCAUUUCUUUACAUGUUCACCAUAUUUUUAUACAGUUAAAUAAGAAGUUGAAGAAGGCUAUUUAAUGUACAAAAAAAAAAUUAUCUUGUAAA